AUGGCCUUCAAAUCCAGUGCGAGAGCCGCUGGCCAUCGCCUUCAGUCUCUCUGGCGCUCCCUGCGACAACAAGUCCCCAUCUCCAUCCGCAUCCACAUUUACCGUCGCGGAUCUGCAGAGUACAAUGGCGUCUCUAAGAACGCCGUCUCGACUCCCAUGGAUACAGACCACCUGCGCGACUCUCAUACCCAGACGCACCGUCUCGUCGUGACGAAUCCAGAUCCAGCGCCAGCCUUUGUCCACGAACCCGCAGAGCCAGCACCUGAGCCGCGUCGCAUGUCUCCGUCGACCGUGCAACUGGCGCAUCUACUCAUGGAUACUGACUACCUCACGCCCCAGCAUGAAGAGCAGCUACGUCUUAUUCUGCAGGCUGGCUACGCGGCGCAGGACGCCCGCCCAAUGCGUUAUUCUCCUUCUGACGAGCUCUUCUUUGACGUCUAG